GGCCCACUCAGCUAAGGGAUCUAUCCAGCUCACGAUGAAGCACGUCGCUGCCUACCUCCUCCUCGUCUCCGGCGGCAACGCCUCGCCCUCGGCUGCCGACGUCAAGUCGGUCCUCGAGGCCGCUGGCGCCUCGGCUGACGAGGCCCGCCUCGAGAAGCUCAUCUCGGAGCUUUCGGGCAAGGACAUCAACGAGGUCAUCGCCGAGGGCUCGAAGAAGCUCGCGUCGGUCCCGUCGGGCGGCGCUGGCCCGGCCGCCGCUGCUGGCGGUGCCUCGGCUGGCGCUGCCGCCGAGGAGAAGAAGGAGGAGAAGGUCGAGGAGAAGGAGGAGUCGGACGACGACAUGGGCUUCGGGCUCUUCGACUAAACGUCGGGCUCCUGGGUCUCUCUCUCCCCCUCCCCCCUCGUACCCUUCUUGCAACCCGUGCACCACCU